UCUGGUUUUUAAUUUAAGUGCACCUUCAUUAGCCUGGUUGCCAUUGCAAAAGUGCAAUAAAAAGGGCCAAGCCAAGCAGCAACGCAGUGAGUAUAUAAACAACUGCCGGUGUUGGGCAUUUAUAAAAUGCGCACUUGGAUGCAGUGGGUUUUGUUGCUUUUUGGCCUUAUAUGCGCCAUCGAAUUAGCUCUGGCUGUGCCUAUCGUUACGGCUGGUUUUGCAUAUCGUGGUUCCUACUAUCCAACGCCAACUGGCUUGCCUUAUUAUCGGGAUACUCCACCGGCGCCAUCGCUAUAUCCAGCUAAUCCUUAUCCAUUGGGUUAUUCUUAUGGCUAUGGAUUUGGUUCAUUCACUCUAACGCCAUUCAUAUUUUGGUGAAAAAGAAAAAACAAUUACAAAUAAAUGAUGUGAAUUAAUUUUGCUUUGUGGAAAACUUUGAAUGAAUUCUAGUGAAAUUUUUACAGAUGGAUCUUGAGUUAUAUUAAGUGCCAAACGUUUUCUUUUAUGAAUUGUAGUAUAUUUAUUAAUAACUUUCAUCAAAGACUUUUAACAAGUAUUUUUUCAGUGUCUACCCUCAUCUUUUCUUAUUUUCAUAGAAGUUCGUGCAUUGCACAUUGGACAAAAAAUGCCUUUCCUCUGUGCGAAAUUCAAAUUUAGAAAAUGUCCUAAUAAAUAAAAUCGCGUAAGAAAUACCCUAAACCAUCGAAUUAUGAGCAAAAUUCUCAUGAAGUAAAGAAUAUUAACUGAUGAUCCUCAACUGGGUAUAAAAGAUGUAGAACCCUGAAUGAUGGCAUGACACUUACGCAUAUGUUGAGCUUAGCAGCUUCGCAACACCAAGGUGGUAAAAUGAAAAAUCAUAACGUUGCAGUGUUGCUUUUAAUGUUGUAUAAUAUCAUCUUAGCUGCCAGUCGGACAAUUGUUUGUAAGACGCCAGUUCAAAUUUUUUACCCAUCUACGCUGACACCAAUUGCUGCACCAGCGCCGGCAGCGCACUCCCCCGCUUUAGGCAGCGGCCGUCAACUUGACAAUCCAGUAGAUGAAUAUGACAACAUAACGGUAAUUUUGGACCACGUACACACCCUAUGGCCCACGAAUGAGACAGUGAUUGUUCUCUGGACAACAACGGAAGUGGAUUGGAAGUACUUGCCUACAAAUAUUUUCGACGAUAUUAACCAGCAAUUAAAAUAUUAUUACGUUAAGCUUCAACGUAAAGGCUAUUCACUAUAUAAAGUUGUAAAGAAAGCUUUGUUGCGUGGCAAGCCAGUGCAAAGCAGCUAUAAUGCGGUACUGAAGCCAAUUGGAAAUUUUUCUAUUGAUUUUGGUUUUAAUUUUAAUUUUGCGGCAAGUGGAAAUUUUAAUUUCCUUUAAGUAUUUUUACAGCAUUGUUUGUGGUUAUGAAAAGAAGAGUAGAAAUUAACUAAAUAAAGGGUUUUGUGUGCUC